AUGGUAACGCCGUGCAGGUGCAGCUCAGCAGGAAGCUCUGCACCUCAGUGUGACCUGACCAAUGGGCAGUGUCCGUGCAGAAAGGGGUUCUCUGGCAGGUCAUGUGACUGCUGUUCCCCUGGUUAUUAUGGUUACCCAGCGUGCUCGGUGUGCGGCUGCGAUGUGGCAGGAACAGACGAGACGUUCUGCAACGCCACGCUGGGAGUGUGUGACUGUCUACACACCGGAGAGUGUGUGUGCAAGGUGGGCGUGGCAGGUCGCCGCUGUGAGGAGUGCGUCUCUGGUUGGUUUGCUCUGUCAUCUGAGAGUCCGGACGGCUGCUCUCAGUGUUUCUGUUCAGGACUCAGCAGGGACUGUGAGGAGCAGGGUGGACUCUACAGAGUACCUAUCAGCCUGGCUCGCUCUGCUGCUCUCCUGCCAUUGGUCAGUCAGUCUAACCUGCAGGGUGUAGUAUCUGGUGUUUACCAGCAAGGCGGCGACAUGCUGCUCGACACCCGACAUCUCAACACCACCGGGCUGGUUGGCCCGCUCUACUGGAGACUGCCCCCCCAAUUUGAAGGCGCCCAGCUGCUGUCGUACGGCGGCCUGCUGUCUUACGUCGUCACCUUUUAUGCUGAGGACGGCUCGGGGCUGUCCAAUCAGGAGCCUCAGGUCCUGAUGAGGGGCGGGACCCUAAGGAAGCUGGUGAUAUACACUGACAUGGUCGCCCCUAGCAACGGCAUCGGGACACAGCACGACAUCAGAAUGACAGAGCACCGGUGGAGGUAUUUCAACUCGGUGUCGGAGAGGUCAGUGAGUCACACUGACUUCAUGUCCGUCAUCAGUAACAUCGAGUACAUCAUCAUCAAGGCCUCGUAUGGGAGCAGACUGCAGCAGAGCAGGAUCUCUAACAUCACCAUGGAGACAGCAGUGGAGGCGGGGUUAGAGGAGGAGUCAGAUGUUGGAGGUGGUGUGGCCAGACUGAUCGAGUCCUGCAUCUGUCCACCUGGAUACGCCGGACUGUCCUGCCAGGUAACCAAGAAAAUCUGGAAGCUGGCCUGGCACGACACGGCAUCCAGCUCACCCAGUUACAAGCAAACAGUGAAGAACGAGCAGCGAUUGUGUUACAAACACUCAACGACCUGA